UUCCGUUUAAACUCUCAUCUUUUUGUUCCCUCUUCUCUUCCGGAGCAAGCAUCUUCUUCAAAGAAGCAAAGGCACGAUCUUUAUAUUCCUAUUUUGGUUCUUUCUUAUGAUUAGGUUUCGCAUAUUCUUCUUCAAGUGCCUUGAUGGACAACAACGAGCCAUUUGUGAGGAACGAGGUGGAUGACGUAACGCCAAAGAAACCAGAUGAAUCCGCGUCUGCAUCAUCUCUCCAUGGGUCUGACGAAACGCCAAAGCAGAGUACCCAAAGCAACCAAACGGAUCAGGGAUCACCACUUGUUCCGUUACAAGAAUCUCCCAACGUUAAAGAUGAAUUUCCUAAGUUAACUGGCAUAAUUCAAAGCAAAAAGGACCUGAGGACCGCUUAUCUCAAAGCUCCUAAAGCCACCCAUGGUUCAAUGCCAAAGCAGAGUCCUCAAAUCAACAAGACCUUUCCCAUGGGUCAGAGUUCACUACAUCUUCAAUUACAAGAAUCUCAUCUCAGCAAUUCCACAACCACCCACGGCUCCUCGCCUUCUGUCAAUGUGACACCAAAACCAGACUUGUCUUCACUUUCUACAACAACAGCUACGCAAGAACCGUCAGCUUCUGCUGAACCCGGCUCUGCUCAUACAAGAUAUAGAAUAAGACUGCCAGUUUUCAAAGAGCUUUGCUCGGGUGUGGAGUUUCAAUGGUAUGGACAGCAAGAACCAGACUUGCCUUCUUCAUCUGGAAAAGGAACCAUGCCAGCAAACAGUCCGUGUGCACCAAAGGUUUCUGCUGAACCAUUCACCCUCAGUACGAGCUCUCCACCAAGACAAGCUUCCGAGCAACUCUCCUGUGAUCAUCAGAAUUCAGGGGAUGAUAGUCGCACCAGUGAAGUAGCUUAUCCUAAACUAAGCAGAGAAAGACAAAGGAAAAAGGAUCUGAGGAGUGCUCACCUCAAAACUCCCACAGCCACUCACAGCAACACUACUACCACAACCACCCAUGGCUCCACGCCUUCUGUUGAUGUACCGGGAACAGUGACCCAAGAACCAGACAUGUCAUCAGCUUCUGAUGAUAAACGCCAAGAUGAUGAGAUCACAGCACCUGAUCAGGAUCACUCAGCUUUGGAUGACAAUCUUUACGGCGGAACACUCACGUGUGAACAGUUCAAUGAACUCGCUCUUGGUCUUGCGGAGAGUGGAAAACGGUUUAUUUGGGUCAUACGAAGUCCAAGCGGGAUAGCUAGUUCAUCGUAUUUUAAUCCACAUAGCCAAACUGAUCCAUUUUCGUUUUUACCACAAGGGUUCUUAGACCAAACCAAAGAAAAAGGUCUAGUGGUUGGGUCAUGGGCUCCACAGUCUCAAAUUCUGACUCAUACAUCUAUAGGUGGAUUUUUAACGCAUUGUGGAUGGAAUUCGACUCUAGAAAGUAUUGUUAACGGUGUACCGCUCAUAGCAUGGCCGUUAUACGCAGAGCAAAAGAUGAACAAAUUGCUACUCGUGGAGGAUGUUGGUGCGGCUCUAAGAGCACGAUUGGGUGAAGAUGGGAUCGUAGGAAGGGAACAAGUGGUGAGAGUGGUCAAAAGAUUGAUAGAAGGAGAAGAAGGGAAAGCGGUAAGGAAUAAAAUGAAAGAGUUGAAAGAAGGAGCUGUUAGAGUCUUAAGGGACGAUGGAUUCUCUACGAAAUCGCUUAAUGAAGUUUCGUUGAAGUGGAAAGCCCACCAACGAAAGAUCGACCAAGAAUAGGAAUGAGAUUAAUUGUAUUAAAAAAUCAAAAAAUUC